UAAACACCGAAUCAAAAGUCGCGUAUUAUCUUCUUCACCUAUGGAUCUAUGCGGAACGAUCAAAUUUAUUUUAAUCAAAAAAGCGCAAGAAGAUUCUACUGACCCUACUUCAUGGCCUGCUUUGUGUACCGGACUGCUCCAAGAGUCUCUGAUUGUUUCACCGAAUUCGCAACAAUCUUGCUUUGACAAAGGAGUUCUUGAACGACCUUUUUACUUAGCUUUAGUCGAAAUGCUCUCACUUUGUUUUGAAAAUAGUGGCGAAUUUCCUCAAAGUUUAAAAACUAGUAAGGUUUUCAUGCUUGAAAACACUAAUUUACCAAG